AUGUGGUUAACGAUCUGGCUGUAUAUGCAAGUUAGUGGUCCCAGGGCUUUUCCAGGAUUUGCCCUUUCAAAAAUUUUUGCUAAAAACAAUUAUGAUAUUGUUGCUGUUGCAAGAGAUUCAAAAAAAUUAGAAGAGUUGAAGUCAAAGCUCUCCGUGGAUGGUUGUUCUGUUCACACUAUCGAAGCUGAUUUAAGUAAAUUUGAUGACAUUGAAAAAAUUAAGCAAGUAGUGGAACUGGAAAAAUGGGAUAUCGAAACUUUGGUGUUAAAUGCGGGUCAAGGUAUUGGUGGUGACUUUGUUACGCAAACUAAGCUAGAUAAAGAAUUGCAACUUAUUAGUCUCAAUGCUAAUUCAAUGGUUCAUAUGUCGAAAAUAUUCUUGCCAAAAUUGAUUGCGAGGGGUCACGGAAAGAUCAUGAUGGUAUCUUCUGUUUCUGGUACUACACCAAUUCCAUACGAAGCUGUGUAUGGUGCCACAAAAGCUUUUGUAAAUUCUUUUUUUUGGGCAAUCAGAAAUGAAGUUAAAGGUUACAAUAUUGAUAUGACUUUAUUGUUACCUGGUGCAACUGAAACAAACUUUUUUGUAAAUGCUGGACUUGCUGAAACUGUCAUUGGUUCUGGAAAGAAAGAUAAUGUUGAUGAAGUUGCUCAAAGAGCUUGGUUUGCUUUGCAAAGUGGUCAUGAAUAUGUUUAUGGGAGUGAUCUUGCGGAAUAUGAAGGUGAUGUUUUGAAUCGUAAUCAAAGUGAGCUGCACAAAGCUCAAAGACACAGAUAUUUAUCAGCUCCAAAAAGAUGCUAG